UCCCAUCAUUCUUUGGACAAAAUGGCUGCGCCCAUGUGUUUUUAGGUUUUGGUUAGGUGUUUUCUCACAAAUCAGACACAGUUUUAGUCCUUUUUUCGCGAUUAGGCGAGAUCCAUGUUACACAGGCUCUGCAGCCCAGACAAAGAGAACAAAUCGUAGUAUAUUGGGACCAAUUUUGACGUGAGGUUUUUAAGUUUGCGGUGGACAUAGAGGACGGUUUCACUUUUAUCUUCUUCGCCCCUCCUCUUUUAUCAUCCUAUGAUUACAGCUAACAUCUUACUAUUCUUAGUAUCUGGGAUCGAUUUGAUAUUUGUGAGAAUCAAAAAGUCAAGUUGCAACCAGAUCUCAGUUUUGUUACAGAUUUAAAAACGAACUUUGCCCAAUCUUUGUCGUCUUCAUGAAAAGCGUGAGGAUUCUACAAAAUCUUUCAGCAGUCAUUUCUUCACACACAUCCAUAAACAUACCUGCAACUACUCUCUUCCUGCAUCUAAGAACAAAAAGUACAUGUCUACCAGCGCGCGCAAUCUGUAGCUUCACACAAAGGACCAACGAAAACAGCAGCUACCCAGCUGCAAUACAGAGGGGUAAGACUAAGAGGCAAACAGGUUGCCUCCGACUCCGAGCAUUGAAACCUUUUAGUUUCUCAACAUCAGCGAUGGCAAAGAGCAAAUUUGAGUACGUUCGUCAGUUUGAGACACAAGAUCCGUGUCUACCUAACACCUGGAUUGUGAUCCGAUUGGAUGGUCGGAAUUUUCACAGAUUUUCCACAGAUCAUGGCUUUACCAAGCCGAAUGAUGAGCGAGCUCUACACCUGAUGACCAGAGCUGCUGAGACUGUCAUGAAUGACUUCAGGGACAUUGUCAUUUCUUAUGGGCAGAGUGACGAGUUCAGUUUCGUACUGAAGAAAUCCACAAUGCUAUACAGUAGAAGAGCAAGUAAGUUGAUGACUCACAUCGUGUCUCAGUUUUCAUCUUCAUACGUGUUCCACUGGGCCCAACACUUCCCUGAUCAGCCCCUGCAGUACCCACCUGGCUUUGAUGGGCGUGUCAUCCUGUAUCCUAGCAACAAGAACCUCAGGGACUAUCUCAGCUGGAGGCAGGCAGACUGCCAUAUUAACAACCUGUACAACACCUGUUUCUGGGCACUAGUACAGCAAGGAGGGAUGACAAAUACCCAGGCAGAGGAGAGAAUACGGCACACAUUUUCUGCUGACAAGAAUGAGAUCUUGUUCUCUGAGUUUGGCAUCAAUUACAACAAUGAGCCAGAGAUGUACAAGAAAGGCACUGUACUAGUGUGGAAGAAGGUAGAGGAGACCGUGACAAGGACAUGUCGGACUGCCGAGGACCCGGUAGAACGUCCGAGGGAAGUCACCAAACUGAGGAAGAAAGUUGUGCCUCUCCAUACAGACAUUAUAGGGGACGUGUUCUGGGAAGAGCACCCUGAUAUAUUGGAAGAGGAAUGUUUUUGAUGUCAAGGAUUUAUCCACUGGACUCUGCUGGUCUGGCUGCUAGUAAGAUAUACCUAACAACUGAGUGAUCAGCCUUUGUAGCUGUGUACUGCUUCCCAGGAAUUGCUCCUUCAAAAUGAUGUUGAGUUAGGGCAUAUCAACACAUGCGAGUCUAAAAUAAAAUCAUUGAAAAAAAAUUCUUGUAAGGGCUACCAUAUCUCUCUUCAGUAUGCCUUGACUUCCAAAAUGUUACUACAAACGUAUUUGUGUCUACAUGUACAUCAAAAAUUGAUUCUACCACAUACAUUUAUACAUGACUAACAAAUAGCUGACACACAAAAAACACCCACACGCAGGACAUAACCUAAACCUUAUAUUUGUACAGAGCUACACACUACAAAACUCAAUACUACUGGAAUGUAUUUGCACAUACAAGAUUUGCUCCAGCCACUUUUCACUGGUCACAUCCUUAAAGACGUAACAACUGCAGUUGAUACAUUUGUACAAUAUGUCCUGUAGUACAAGAGAUGUAGAAAUAUGAGGUCACCAGUACAUGUUACUAGUAAAGUUCUAGAAUAAAAUGGUACGGUAUCAUCACAUUGAUUCAAUUUUUUCAAACAUGACGAGGGAUUUGAAACUGUGCAAGGACUUGGUGUUGACAGAUGCCAGUACACAUACUUUUAUAGAACAGUUAUCAGAGCUAUGGAGCUUUCAUCACAGCUAUGAUGUAGAAAUGGUAUUGGAGAAAAUAGCAACAGUAACAAACUGUACAUUAGCUACAUGUAAGUGACAUCUUGGUUACUGGCCAUACUAGUUAACAGCAAAUAAACUUCAUACUGUGCUGUUGUAAGAUGUGUCCAUUUCUUAUCUAUCUUUUAACAGACCAUCUGAUACUAGUGCAUUAAAUGGACAGUAGUAGGAAUCAUGAGGACCAGAGCUGCAGGUAUUGGAGGUAGAAUGAGAAAGGAAUAACAUCUAGCUAUGCCUGUAGGCGUAGGUCUAAAUGUUAAAUCUAAGAGGCAAGUUUAAUCAAGUAGUCCUUCAAUGAAACUUUUCAUUCUCAUCUUCUUGACAAUGGAAGAAAAAGUCCAUACAAUGUGACAAGAAUUAUCUCUGGAGGUGUGUUGGCUUCCUUUGGCUCAUGGGGACUCUCCACAUCAUUGAUUAACAAAAUCUGAUUUUAGACGUACCUCGUGAUGCAUGAUGCCAAAAAAGGUUUCCUGUGUACAGUACAUUAACUUCUCCCCAAACCACCAAUUAGACCUGUUUUAUACUGUAUCGUGGUUCAAAGCAGAAUCUCUCCCAUUACUAACACAGUAGAUAAGGCUAAUGUCCAAAUUGGCAUCACCAACUUACUUCUUGGUUCUCAUAUGUUUGUAACAAAUAUAAAUAUUGAUCAACCCAAUAAAGGUCUGGUGUGACAAGAAAUCACACCCUUUUCUAACAGAAUGACCAUCUCCUAAAAUGAUGUCCAUUUUUUGGUGUGUAAUUUAGAGAGAUGACCAAGAGAACAAAUUGGUGUAGCAUAUCAAUCAAUUACUGUAGUAUUUUAUACAAGAGUAUAGUAUGCCUUAUUCAGGUCCUAUCACAAUACUAUCUAUCGUCAUAAAUGAACAGCAGAAGCGAUAUUACAGCAAAGUUUUGUACAAAUAUACAAUAUACAGCAACACCCUGCUGAGAAUGGGGUAUAACAUACAGUAAAUGUCAUGUUUAAUACUUUUAACAAGUGAACUAAAUUCAUAUAUUGCAUCACAAAGGUGAAUUUGCAGGAAGUACAUGUAGAAAGAAAACAAACUGUCCAAAAUGUUUUGUAAAGAAAGCUGAUAAUUAUUUAAUUUAAAUGUAGACUAUGUAGUAUCUAUAUCAUUAUACAUUCUUGUUGAAGCUGCUUUAGGUCUGUACAUACAUCCAAAGAAAGGGACAAGAACUUGAAACUUGGAGAGAACAUACCACAAGAAUA